AUGGUGCCCCUCGAGACGCUUACCGCAUGGUCCGCCUACCUUUCCACUUCCACCGGCGUCCCAGCCUUCCCCAUCUCGUCUCCAUCGGACCAGCUUGCCGACAUUACGGGCGCGGAGGCGCUUGUCGAGCAGCUUGACCUCAAGGGAAUCAAGAAGGGCGAUGUUGCGGUACUUGGUCUGUCCCACUCGGGCAGAAGCACUGUUGCCGACGCUAUCCUCAAUGCCAUCGGCGUUCCCGAGGAUGAAGAUGUCGAAGACGAGGAGAACGAGACGAGCGAAUGGCCCGCUGUGCUCGACACGCCCGCUCUCAUCCCCCUCAAGAGCUCCGAAGCUGCUGAAGGAUCCGACGAGGAGGACGACGAAGAAGAAGAUGAUGAGGAUGAGGAAGAGGACGACGAGCACAAGUUGAUGGCACGCAUGGAGCUCAAGUCGAUGCAGACGCUCAUGCGCAACCAGGGACAUGUCCAGAGGAUCAAAGAGCCAUUGCCGCUCGCCUGGUCAUUGAUGUCGCGUGUCUCACAUCCCGAAGACCUCAUGCUCCUCUACAACGUGCCCGCGUUCGGCUCGUUCCAACCCGACAGGGCUUCGCUCGCCGACGAAGAGCUUGACCCAGAGGAAAAGGAAAAGAUCAAGGCGGUUUCCCGUCGUCAGAAGGUGCACGCCGACACGCAAGAGUUCCUCAUCGCUUUGGCCCGUGCUACGGGACGCAUGAAGAAGCGCAACAUCCCCGACGAAGUGGGUGCGUCGCGUGUCUUGCUUCGUGACUGGUCGCAUCAGAUGCUCGGCUACUACACGCAAGCACCCAAGCUGGCAGCCGACGCGCAAAAGGUGGCCGACGAGAUCAAGCAGCGUGUGUCGACCACUCUGCCUCUAGUGCUGGCUAGGAAGGAGUGGCGCAAGAAGUUCCAGGCUCGCGAGCUGCGACUGAGGCCCAUCUCUCUGGUUCUCGGACGCGAGGCGUUGGUUCUGAACCAGGUCGAGAUGCUCCCGCCUCCACCUGAGCAGGACAGCGAGGAGGACGAAGACGAGAUCGACGAAGCGUUGCUCGAGGAGAUUGAGGACAGCUGGGAGGAUGAGGAAGAGGAUGAGGAGGACGACAACGAGGAGGAGGAGGCUACUUCCAAGAAAGUGCCACAGCUCAAAUCCAUCCUCAAGAAGAGCGCCUCCAAGAAGCGAGGCCUUGUCCAUGAUAACGAUCUGGCCGAGGAGGAUGAAGACGAGGAAGACGAAGACGAUCCGGCUCAGUCGCUCUCUCGCAAGGACCGAAGGCUGCAAAAGAAGGCUCGUGUAGUGGUACCUUCCAAGUCCAAGCCCACAGCCGCUUCCAAACGCAACGGCAACAAGGCUUCCAAGUCGGCAGCUGCUGCGGCGGCCAAAGCUGCGUCGGCGGCUACGGGUCCUGCACCUGGCGAGAAGUACGACUUUGGUGCUUUCUUCUAA